AUGGUCACUCCGGAUUCACAAGUUUUGAAGGGUUGCACAGCAGCAACGAGCUACGGAACCUUGCCUACCCGCGUGUCCGUCAUCACCGCCGAGAUGGGGAGCCCGACGACCGAGCGAAGCAUCCAGGAUAGCGAGCAUGGGUCUGCCGUGGCGCCGCCAAGCAGGACGGCCUCGGUCUUCCGGUCCGUGCCGUUCCAAAUUCUUGUGGCAUGCGGCGUCUCUUUCACUGCUCCCGGUAUGUGGGACGCUCUCAAUAACUUGGGAGCCGGUGGAGCAGCAGAACCCUACGCCGUAUCAGCUGCGAAUGCGCUCGUCUAUGGCCUUUUCUUCCUCGUCUGCAUCGCUGCAGGAGCCAUUAACAACCGCAUCGGCCUGAAGUACGGCCUGGCCCUCGGCAGUAUCGGAUAUCCAAUCUACGGUGCCGGUCUUUACGUCAACAGCACAUCGACCGUCACUUGGUUUAUGCUCUUCGGUAGUGCCCUCUGUGGUAUAUCUGCCGGAUUCUUCUGGGCGGCUGAGGCCGCAAUCAUCAUCGGCUACCCUAGUCCGAAAGACAGAGCUUUCUACCUUGCCAUAUGGCAGACAGCAAAGGCUGCCGGUCCUAUCGUAGGAGGAGCUAUCAACCUUGGCUUGAAUGCAGACAAGUCCAGUUCUGGCUCGGUCAACCCAUCGACCUACAUCGCCUUCAUUGUCAUCAUGUGCCUGGGUCUGCCUAUCGCUUUACUCCUUAGUCCGGCAGAGAAGGUCUGGCGCAAGGACGGCACUCGGGUUGUGACUCAGAGGGAGGCGACAUUCGGAGCAGAGUUCAAGGCCGUGUGGGACCUGCUGAGAUCCCGCCGGAUCGUCCUUCUCCUGCCUGCUUUCUUCAUCAGCUACUUCUACAACGGCCUUCUGAGCACGUGGCUCACGAACUACUUCACCGUCCGCGCGCGAGCCUUUUCCUCGUUCUUCACCAACUUCGCCGGCAUCUUCAGCUCCUUUAUCAUCGCCUCGCUGCUCGACCGUCAAAGCAUACACAUCAAGACGCGGGCGAAGAUAGGCUUCUCUGCCAUCGUCCUCAUCCUCACGGGGACAUGGAUCUGGGCCAUCAUCCUGCAGAAGCAGUACUACGACGCGGACCCGAGCCCGGUCUUCGACUGGUUCAAGGGCGGCUUUGGCGCGUCGUACGCAUUGGUCUUCUUUUGGACUUUCGCCGGUCAGGCCUUCCAGCAGUUCCUGUACUGGCUCGUGGGCCAGUACACCACCGACCUGUCGUCGGUGUCCCGGCACACCGGCAUCCUGCGCGGUUUCGAGGCGCUCGGCCAGACGGUCGCGUGGGCGAUGCAGAGCGAGGCCAAGGUCAACCACUUUGUCAGCAUCGGUAUCAACUUUGGCGUGCUGCUGCUCAGCGUUGCGCCGACGUGGAUGGUGCUGUCCAAGUUGGAGAAGAGCCACGAGAUCACGCACACGGCCUCGGACCUGAGCGCCGAGUCUCUGGGCGAGGAAACCGCGGAUGGACCCGUGAAGCAGGGUGCAGGGAAAUAG